AUGGCUGCUCGCACAAGCCCGAAAGGCAGCACCGAAGACUUUGCCAAAAAAGUACAAAGACGGCUGAGCAGAGGCAAAGAAAAGGUACUGCAGAAGUUUGGGAAGUCAGAAGAGACCAGGGAUGAUCAAUUUGAACAUUAUGUACAACUGUUCUAUGACCAACAGACUGAUAGCAACAAAAUAUACAAAGACCUAAGGAACUACGUAGAAGCAGUCAGAGAUAUGCGAGAAGCCUCAAGACGUCUUUCGCAGUCUUUGUUCGAUGUUUACCAAAGCGACUGGGUGGGACAAGAAGACAUCGGAGCCAUAGUUGAGGGGGAGGACCUCCUCUGGAAUGACUACGAGGUGAAGCUGUUGGACCAAGCCGUUCGCACCAUGGAGUCCUAUGUGGGCCAGUUCCACGAUGUCAGAGAGAAAGUGGCCAAGAGGGGGAGGAAACUGGUGGACUAUGACUCAACCCGUCACCACCUGGAGGGUCUGCAGAUGGCCAAGAAGAGAGAUGACAUCAGAAUUAGCAAGGCAGAAGAAGAGAUGAAUGGUGCCAAAUGUGUCUAUGAAGGAAUCAAUAAUGAGCUGAAAGAGGAGCUCCCUGUCCUGCAUGAAAGCCGCAUUGGAUGCUACGUGACCGUCUUCUCUGCGAUAUCAAGUUUACGGGACAUCUUCUAUAAGGAAAUGAGAACGCUCAACGUGGAUCUGCACAAUGUGGUGAAGGAACUGCAGGCCCAGCAUCCAGACAAAGUGUUUUCUGUCAAGGGAAUUCAAAGGUAUGGAUCCCUGAGGAGACGAACACUGAUUUCCCCCAAGGCUUGGAAGGCCAGCUUCUCUGAGUUCCACAGGAGCUACAGCCCAAAAAGUGGCCAAAGAUUUAGUUUCAGGUCCCCGGACAAACCUCGCCACAGCACUCUGUCCAGAGAGAGCAGCGCCGUCGCAGUCUCGCCGCUGUCGCCUCCUCCGGAGAACGCCACUUUUGAGUCGAGGGGGUCGAGCCGCAUCGAGAUGCACCAUCUUUGUAUGCAAGAGGAUGCUGUGGAAGCUGAGAGCAAGCCCGUGUCAGAAAAAGAAGUCACCAAUCCGGAGGAUGAGAGGAAGGACUUGAAGGUAGAAGAGGAGUCUGAAGCAAAGAGUCCCGCACAUCCAGAAGAGAAACAAGUAGAUACUCCACCGAGCGAGAGCAGCUGUGAGCUGAACAACUCUUGCGACUCCGAGAGUUUGGAGCUCCAGCUGACCGCAGGAGACGACGGUCCACUCCACAUCGGCGACAUGGGCCACAGCCACGACGCUCCCAAGGCCAAUGGAAUGGAGAACGGGGAGGUUUCAGGGUUCAACUCUGAGGAGAUGGACAAGGCGGCUUCCGCAGACUCCAAGAGCACAGAGGUCUAA